GGCCGGCGGGGUGCGCAGUGCGCGCCGCAGUGCGCGGAGCGGGGCGCAGGGGCCGCGCCGCAGGGAUGCUCGCCCCGCUCCUGGGCUCCGCGGGCUCCGGCUGGCUGCUGCUGGAGUUUGCAGUUUCGCUGGUGGAGAAGAUGCAGGCUCAGGAAAUCCUGCGGAGCCUGCGGCUCCCUGAGUUUGAUGACCUCAGCCAGUUCUUCCGCAACCUGCCGGCCACGGCGCUGGUGGGCAUCGGUGCCUUCGCGGCUGUUGUCGCCUACUGGUUUGCCAGCCGGCCCAGGGCCGUGAAGCCGCCCUGUGACCUGCGCAUGCAGUCGGAAGAAGUUGAGGGCCUGGCCGGGGCGCGCCGCUCGGUGAUCGGGGACAGCCCACAGCUGCUGACACACUACUACGAUGAUGCCAGGACCAUGUACGAGGUCUUCAGGAGGGGAUUCAGCAUCUCUGAAAAUGGCCCCUGCCUGGGGUUCAGGAAGCCCAAGCAGCCCUACCAGUGGCUGUCCUACAAGGAGGUGGCUGAAAGAGCAGAAGCUCUGGGUUCAGGCCUUUUGCAGCAGGGCUGCAAGCCAUCCACAAAGCAGUUCAUUGGCGUCUUCGCUCAAAACCGGCCAGAGUGGAUCAUCUCUGAGCUGGCUUGCUACACCUAUUCCAUGGUGGUGGUUCCCCUGUAUGACACUUUAGGUCCUGGAGCCAUUCGGUACAUUGUCAACACAGCUGACAUUUCCACAGUCAUUUGUGACAAGCCUGAAAAAGCCAGGAUACUCCUUGACCAUGUGGAGAGGAGAGAAACACCAGGCCUGAGGUCUAUCAUCCUGAUGGACCCAUUUGAGAAGGAGCUGGCAGAGAGAGGGAAGCGCUGUGGGGUUCGCAUCCAGACCAUGCAGGAGGUGGAGGACUGUGGCCGUGAGAAUCGACAUGUGCCUGUGCCUCCUCGACCAGAAGAUCUGUCAAUUGUCUGUUUUACUAGUGGCACUACAGGAAAUCCCAAAGGUGCUAUGCUGACCCAUGGAAACGUGGUGGCGGAUUUUUCAGGCUUUUUGAAAGUGACGGAGAAAGUGAUCUUUCCGAGACAGGACGAUGUGCUCAUCUCCUUCCUGCCUCUGGCUCACAUGUUUGAAAGAGUUAUACAGUCUGUAGUAUACUGCCACGGAGGGCGAAUUGGCUUCUUCCAAGGAGAUAUUCGCCUCCUGUCCGAUGAUAUGAAGGCACUGCGGCCAACCAUCUUCCCCGUGGUGCCACGGCUGCUGAACAGAAUGUAUGACAAGAUCUUCAGCCAGGCUGACACAUCCCUCAAGCGCUGGAUCCUGGAAUUUGCGGCGAGACGGAAAAAGGCUGAAGUUCGAAACGGCAUCAUUAGAAACGACAGUUUGUGGGAUAAGCUUUUCUUUAAUAAAAUACAGGCAAGUCUUGGGGGGUGUGUCCGCAUGAUAGUGACCGGCGCUGCCCCUGCGUCCCCCACUGUCCUGGGCUUCCUCCGCGCGGCCCUCGGAUGCCAGGUUUAUGAAGGUUAUGGCCAAACAGAAUGCACAGCUGGAUGCACCUUUACAACUCCAGGUGACUGGACAUCAGGUCAUGUAGGAGCCCCUUUGCCCUGUAACUUAAUCAGAUUGAAGGAUGUGGAAGAACUGAAUUAUUUUGCUUCCAAAGGAGAAGGAGAGAUCUGUGUGAAAGGACCCAAUGUGUUUAAAGGUUACUUGAAAGAUGAAGAGAGGACAGCUGAGGCGCUGGACCAGGAAGGCUGGCUUCACACAGGAGACAUUGGAAAAUGGUUACCUAAUGGGACCCUUAAAAUUAUUGAUCGGAAAAAGCAUAUAUUUAAACUUGCUCAGGGAGAAUAUAUUGCACCGGAGAAGAUAGAGAAUAUCUACAUCCGCAGUGACCCUGUUGCUCAGAUCUAUGUCCAUGGAGACAGCCUGCAGGCCUUCCUGGUGGGAAUUGUGGUGCCCGAUUCCGAAGUCAUGCCAGGUUGGGCAAAGAAAAGAGGGUUUGAAGGAACAUAUGCAGAACUCUGUAAAAAUAAGGAACUGCAGCAAGCGAUAAUGGAAGACAUGGUACGGUUAGGGAAGGAGAGUGGGCUUCACUCCUUUGAGCAGGUCAAAGCCAUUUAUAUUCACUCUGAUAUGUUCUCGGUGCAAAACGGUUUGUUGACACCAACAUUAAAGGCUAAGAGACCAGAACUGAGAGAUUACUUCAAAAAACAAAUAGAAGAGCUAUAUUCAAGCAUCUCCAUCUGAAAUCAUGGGAAGAAUCUUCUGAGUAAUGGACUUCAUAGCAAUAUUAGAAUAAUACUCAAAAACUACAGAGCCAGAACGACACUGCUGAAAUGGAUAAGCAUCUGAAUCUUACAUUUGAGCCUUUCAUUUUUCUAGCAUUUCAUCACUAACCAUAUUUUCCCUUCUUUUUGCCAUCAGGUGUGAUACAAUUUCUUUUUUACUCUAGGUACACAGUAAGGCACUACUAAAAGCUAUACUAAAUUGCCACAAAAUAUGCAGAAAUUUCAAUCUAUGACCGAGUAAAUUAUGGAAGCAUAUCUUAUAAAUAACUACAAACAUUUCUAGUUAAAAUAGGGACAAUUUCAGGUAUGUCUGUUGAUAUUUGAUUGUAUACAACCUAAUAUAUUAGAAACUAAAUUAAUAAGUAAUUCAAUAAUGUGGUCUACCUCAAAUAAUCAGUGACUGAUGGUGAAAGUAAAAGUCUAUUUUCUCUGAUGUGGAACUUCAAGCUGGAUAUUGGUUUAUAUAGUAAGUGAUAGUUUUUUAUAUUUUUCAGGACAUAAAUGACAUUGAUUUGAUUUAAUCAUUGAUUACUUAACAAUCAGAACAGAAAUAGGAAGGAAUUUCCCACUAUCUGUACUUAAUAGACCUAUUAGUAUAUUACAUCUAAUGGAUUAAUGUUACCUGGAAAUGACAAGAACAGGGUAGGAAGCAAUAGCACAGAUUUCCCUCUAUUUCCUUUUCAUCCAAGCACAGUUUAUCUAUGGUAUGCAGAUUCUGCAUUAGGGCUCCUUCAGUCCAGUGCACUCACGGACAUCUGAACUGCUCAAACGGAGAAGGUUGCAAAAGCAUCACUGGCUCUGUGGUGAUUUUAGGUGGGAGUUCACGAUAAUCCAUAUGCUCCCAAUCCCUAAUUUAUUACUUCACAUGCUGCUAAUACUGUGUAGUCCAGCUGGACUAACUCCCUUUCAGAAACAGUGCUAAAGAAAUGGAGCACAAAGAAUAAGCUGUGAUUCUGGAUGGGGCUUAGUAAAAUGGAAAGGUUUAGGAAAAUGCCAGCCUGAGAUGCAGCAGUGGAGGGCAUCCUUUGUCUGGCUAUGGAAGGGGAAGGAAUACUGCCCCAAAAGACUCAUGGGGAUGGGCUAAAGGCUGUGUUAGCCAUCGCUGUGCAAGUGUCACCGUAUGGCAGAACAGUGGACGUGGUGGCAGAAAGGCCUGUCAUGGGAACAUCUUUACAGUCAGACAUCUGGAAGCAUCAAAUCCCAUUGGCAUCACCUCCAAUGGCCUCUCUGGAACAACCAGCAAGUUGUCUGGAUAAAACCUUACAUUUCGGUGGUCAUCAGAAAGCGGAUAAGUCUCACAGGGAGUAGGAACAGACUCUAGAGCUCCCUCUUGGUACAAAGCACAGUACAAGGCAAAGAGAAAACUGUCAUGUCAAGUUGCUUGAAUACUUGGAUGUCGAUAGCUUCUUCUGCUAAACAGGGUCCUAAAUUAUCUGUGUAUUUUACUAGCUGAUGUUUGUUGCACCAGUACAUGCUAGCAUGGAGCUGUGCCUGCUAGAUCUUUGCUAGGACAGUGGAAGCAUACUGAUUUUCUCUCUUAAAGUGGAAUCCGCUGUAGACUUGUGAAGCUAAAAGUUUAAAUUUUUAAUCUAAACAAUAUCUUAUUUUCGCUCUGAAGUUCUGUUGCAUGCUUCCAAGUGAAAUAAAUUGAAUUAAUAAGUUAGUGUUUUACAAAGACUGAUUUAUUGCAGUGAUUUCAGAAUAAAAUGAUACAUAGGAAACCAUAUCAGUAACGUAAUGACUCAAAGAAUGUGACAGUUUGAUUUAUCAAAUGUGUGUUUGUCUGAAUCCCUUUAUGCAUCUGAUUCCUCAUUUGAUUUCAGUGCAGUGACUCAUAUUAGUCCAAAGCAAGUAAAGAAAUAUCUGAGAUCUGAUGGGAUCACCAUUUUUCACCAAUGUACGCAGCAAUAGCAUUCCUGGGGAAUUUGCGUGUGCCACGUCAAUAGAGGAUAAGGAUUAUUGCAUAAAAUCUGGCUCUUUAGGUCAAGUCAUAAAGGAUUUUUAUCUCAGUGGAGUUUGGUUCAUAUCCUUUUUGUAUCAGCCAAAAGACAGUCAUUACAUACACAACCUUCCAAGCAAUGGAGAAUUAAAUUCAGUACAAUUUCCUGUCUGUUUUAAUGCAAUAGUUUUAAAAUAAAAAAACCCAAACCCUAGUCAUCUAAGAAGUAAAGAAAAGCUAUUUUUCACUGAGUUUUUUUUGCCAUUUGAAUUUGAUUUACUUUUCUCUUAAGGUGAUUUCAGGUUUUUUGAGACAACUAAACUCUGUAUAAGUCCAGAAGAUCCCAAUAUGAGUUUAUUUACAGCUUAGAUGGCUGUUAUUUUUACGUUUAUGACCCUGAAUAAUAUAUCUAUAUUUUUUUGAUAUUUGAUGCAAAAUAUCAGAUGCACUAGAGCAAAAUAUAUGAACAACAAAAUAAUAAGAAAGAAAAGCAGAUGUGGCCACACUGGAUGAUGCAAAAUCUGAGAUGGGUUUUGACACACCAAAAGUGUGAAUGCUUUCAGAACUUGUGAAAAAUUAUAUAAAUAAACUAAAAGCUCUCUUUUAUACUUGUAUAAUCAGAUUUUCCUCUUCAGGUCACCCUCUCACAACAAUCAUAACGAUAUAAGAGAUUAACACUUGAAAAACAGACGUGCAUAAGGCAUGAGCUAGGCUCAAUCCUGCUUCUCUUCAAAUUCCAGGCAUAUUUAUUUUGUACUGAGCUUUCUUAAACUGAAACAUUUGUGACCACCAAGGAAAAAUCCCCAGGGCUGUCCAAUAACCAGGUUGGGUUUUUUUUGUUUGUUUGUUUGGGGUUUUUUGUUUGUUUGUUUUGUUUUGGUUUGGUUUUUUUGUUUUUUUACCUUAAGAUAACUAAUUAUAAAAUUAGUUUCUAUUACUCAUCUUAAAGACCGGCAACUCUUUUUGCAGCCAGUUUUACAGUUGCAGUACUGCAUUCUUGAUUCUUCCUGGGCCUGGUGCUAUGCCUGUGGAAUCACUGGAAAACUGUCUUAUAAGUCUUAAGACUUAAAAAAUCACAAUAAAAUACAUUUUUUCAGGAAGAGGCUCUUACUUAGUUAUAUAUUUUGUAUGUUCUUUUCUUGAUAUAUUGCAAAGAGAAAAAUCUGUUCUGCCAAAUGGCACAACAUGUGAGCAGAAACCAGACCAGAGUCUUUAACCCCAUGUAGGCAGGAAAUACAUGGAAUAAUUCUGUCCUGAAAGGCACAUUUGCAAGUUAAAACGCUUGAUGCACAUCAGGUGAGACAGAGACGGUGAGUUUUUAUUGAUAAAGUACCAUUUUGCAGUCUGUCAGUAUCUAUCAGCAACACUAAAGUCCAGUCUCGUUUUUGCCAUGAAUAUAAAAUUCUCAUGUGUAAGAAAACAAUCUGACCUUAACCUCUGGAAUGAAAAAAAUAACUUAGGGUUUUUUUUUUUUUUUUUUUUUUAGUUUUACAUGUGUUAAAAGCACAAACUGCUGAUCUAUAUGUAAAUAAAUGCUACAAGAUGAAUGUAAAAUUGGAAAGAAUAUACUAUUUUUGCAUGGUAAUAGGUGACUUAAAGACCUCUUGAUGUCUUUGAAAAAAAAUUGAAAAAGCAUUUUAUUUAGAGGCAACUCUUUUGGCCUACCUUUUGUAUCUUUAGUUCACUUUGGUAUUCUCUAAGGGAAAAAAAUCAGAAUUAAAUCAUUGUUUCUUCUUGGAAUUGAUGUUCUUCAGAAUUUUACACAUUUGGUGGUUUCUGUACCACCUUUGUGCCUGUGAAACAAUUAAGUUUUCAGAAAAGAAAUCUGGAUGCCUGUAGCCCAGAAGUGAAAAAGUUUUAGAUCCUUUGAAUUCUUCCGUAGAAAAAUGUUUUCUAAGGCAUCUGGAGUCCCUUUAAGCCCUUCAUUUCAGCUUUUUGUUAGGUAUUUUAGCAAAGUAAAAGCAGCCAACAAAUGAGGCAUUUUGGUAAGUGUUACCUAUUGUAUUUUCAACUGAAAGUGAAGGAGGUUAAAAUUUAACAUAUACAUUUGUGUAAAAAAAAAUCCUGUUAUUAAAAAUUUUUCAGUUUUGGUAUAUUAGCAUGUAUAUCAAAGAAUCAUCUAUGGAAACUUUUGUAAAGAACUAAAUUUUCACCUUUCUCAAAACUGCUCAUAAGAUUUUCUCGUGGACUGACAUACAAUAAAUGCUCUUUUAUAAAAUCUGUUGUUCCUCCAGCACUUUGUCCUCACCAUUGGUCUGAAGUCAUUGGGAAUGUGUGGCUAAACUAAAUGUGUUGUAAAAAUAAGAAAUUAUGUAAAAUAAAAUAAUGACCAAAAGCAUAUUGGGACAUGAGAUUGAUUUUAGCAAUCUCCUAUGAGAACUAAUUGUUGCGAAGUUCUCUGAAGAUGCAGCAGUCUUUCUGUAAUGGUUUUGAUUUUAAAUUUAAAUCAGUAAUAAUAUAACCACAUGUAUAUGCUUGUUUAAUAUGAAUUGCAAUUGGGAAUGCAUAGUAUUUUUUCAGAUUGUGUCUAAACCAAUAAAGUUUCAAAGCAUA